AAAACCAUUUCACUUAGGCCAUAUGCCCAGCAUGAUCACUUCCAUUUUCACUCAUUUUCUUCUUCUAUUUCUCGUUCACUUAUUUUCUAAUGAAUUUAUAUCCCUCCAAGCAAGCGAAUUUGGUACCUAUUCAACAAACUUCACAACUUGUUGGGAGAUAGAGAGAAAUGCACUCCUCAAGUUCAAAGAAGGUCUCAAAGAUCCUUCAGGCCGGCUUUCUUCUUGGGUUGGCAAUUAUUGUUGUACAUGGUCAGGCGUUGGCUGCAACAAGCAAACGGGACAUGUCACGAAGCUUGACCUCAGGAUGCCCAUUAAUUUUGCAUCCUUACAAGGUACGAUAAGUCCAUCAUUGCUUGAUUUGAAAUAUUUAAACUACUUGGAUCUAAGCUGGAACAAUUUUGAACAAACUCCAAUCCCCAACUUCAUUGGUUCAUUCACCAAGUUAGAAUUCCUUGAUCUCUCUUUUGCAUCCUUUAGUGGCUUGGUUCCUCCCCAUCUUGGAAAUUUGUCAAAUUUGCGUUACCUUGAUCUCUCCUCAAAAUUUUCAGACCAAGAUACUUUGGUUUCUGAUUUGAAUUGGAUCCUUGGACUCUCUUCGUUGAAAUUUCUCGGGAUAGAUAUGGCAAACCUUAGUUUUGCAUCAACCAAUUGGUUGCAAGCUAUAAACAUGCUUCCUUCCUUGACGAAGUUACAUUUGUAUUCUUGUAGACUCCAUGACAUCCCUACCUCUCUUCCAAUUGUGAACAUCAGUUCUAUUCAGGUCAUUGAUCUUUCAUCAAAUCAUUUCAAUUCACCAUUACCCGGUUGGUUGUUCAAUCUCAGUUCCCUUGUUGAGCUUGACUUGUCUUCUAAUGGCUUUAGUGGACAAAUAGCUUCAUAUUUAGAAAAUCUUAAUAACAUGAGGGAUCUUAAUCUUUAUUACAAUGAUCUCUCAGGUCCACUUCCAAUUUCUAUUGGAAACUUAUCAUCCUUGGAGAUUUUAUCUCUUUCUCAAAACCACUUGAGUGGAAAAAUUCCUGAAACCAUCGGAAAAUUGAAAAAGUUGAUUUGUUUAGAUCUUAGUUUUAAUAGUUGGGGAGGUGUUGUGUCAAGAAUUCAUUUUCUCCACCUAAACAAUAUGAAGGAAUUUUUGUUAUCCUCUGUUGAAGAAAAGUCACUGGUAUUUGAUGUGGGAUAUGACUGGAUUCCUCCUUUCAGUCUAUAUGUAAUCUUCAUUACAAAUUGUCAGAUGAAUCCCAAAUUUCCUAUAUGGCUCCAAACUCAAAAGGAACUGGAGAUUGUUAGCCUUGCAGAAGUCGGAAUUUCAGGUUAUGUACCUGAUUGGUUCUGGAAACUGAGUCCACAAAUUAUCCUUUUAUCUCUUCGCAAUAACAAAUUGCGUGGAGAGCUUCCAAGAUCAUUAAAAUUUCAACCAUAUUCUUCUGUAGACCUCAGUUUCAAUUUAUUUGAGGGAACGGUUCCACAAUUGCCUAGUGUCCUCACACUUAGUUUGAAACAUAACUCACUCUCAGGACCAAUUCUAGCAAAUUUUGUCGAUGCCAUGCCACAUUUACAAUUUAUGGAUCUUUCUGAGAACCACUUUAAUGGCACAAUUCCUUCUUCAAUAAAUAAGUUGGAGAACUUGAGAUUUCUAUUGCUAGAAAAAAAUGAGCUUUCUGGAAAGAUUCCUUCAAUGAAUAGAUUGAACAAGUUAGGGACAUUAGACCUUUCAAAUAACAAUUUAUUUGGCAAAAUUCCAAGCUCCUUGUGCUCACAGUCUCCUCUUGUUUAUCUGAGAUUGAAUGGCAACAAUCUUUAUGGGAAGCUUUCAUCCUUGCGAAAUUGCACAAAAUUGAGGAUGCUUAGUCUUGCAAAUAAUCAGUUCCAUGGAGGCAUUCCAAGAUGGAUUGGAGAAACUCUAUCUUAUCUAUCAAUACUACAGUUACGAGGAAACAUGUUUAGGGGAAAGAUACCAAAAAGUUUGUGUAGUCUUCCUCUUCUCCAUGCUAUGGAUUUAGGGCAGAAUAAUUUUUCAGGAUCAAUUCCACCAUGUCUGGGAAAUCUAAGUAGCCUGUGUCACUUAAAAAAUGAAACUUUUGUAUCUGCUGCCGAUGUUCUUGCUACUAAUGAUUUUGCUGCUGUUGUUGUUCCUAUUACUUAUACUGAUGCUGCUGCUAGUACUGCUGCUGUUAAUGUUGUUGCUGGUUCUGCUACUAGUCCUAUUGCUGAUGCUGCUGCUAUUGUUGGUACUACUGAUGUUGUUGCUUAUGAGUUUACGACUUUCCUUUUUGAAAUCAUCAUGGAAUUUAAUGUUAAAGGACAAACACUUGAAUUUGUUCACAUCAUUGAGCUUGUGAAUUUGAUAGAUUUAUCAAAUAAUAAUCUUGAAGGGGAAAUUCCAGAUGAGAUAAUGAAGCUUUCUGCCUUGGAUACAUUAAACUUAUCUGGGAAUCAGUUAACAGGAAACAUCCCUGAGAAGAUUGCAGACUUGCGGGUAUUAGAAACUCUUGACCUCUCAGUCAACCAUUUUUCAGGCUCGAUUCCAAUAAGCAUAUCGUCUAUGACCUUGUUGAGCCAUCUAAAUUUGUCUUAUAAUGAUCUAUCUGGACCAAUCCCAUCAGCAAACCAGUUCCAAACCUUCAAUGAUCCAUCCAUUUAUGAAGGAAACCCAAAACUUUGCGGAGCUCCAUUGCCAAUCAACUGUUCAACACACAAACAUGAUACUCCAGAAGGAAAUACUGGGCAGGACAGAGAUGAAAGCUGGUCAGAGAGGUCAUGGUUCUACAUUGGAACAGCAUUUGGAUUUGUGGUGGGAUUCUGUGUUGUUUGUGGAACUUUGGUGAUCAAGAGGUCUUGGAGACAAGCCUACUUUCGUUUUGUGGAAGAAACGAAAGAUAGGAUCUACGUCUUCAUGGUAGUGAAGGCAGCUCGUUUGCAAAGGAAACUGAAAGGCAAUGAAAGAAGUUGAGAUCGUGGUCAAGGUGAUAAAUUUGUUGUCUUUCAUUGGGUUAUUACUUCUACUCCAAAACUACCAUUUGUGUAGCCAUGAGAUGUGUAGUUUCUACGUAGGAGGCUUUGAAUUAUAAAGUCAUACAAGUUUGGUGGAUGUUUAUCUUGCGUUUCCAAUAAUAAUAGGUUAGUACAAGUUUAUUACGUCUAUUGUCAUGGAAUGUGGGUAUUUUCAUUUAGUUGUUAUGUGCUCAUGAGUGUUAUUGUGACUGGAAGAAGUUUUCUUAUUUAUGUUAUUUUGAUCAAUGAAAAUUGAUAUUUUGA